UACGGGUUUCAAGGAAGCGACGAUACGGAAAAUGAUUCGGAGGCACUCCAGCGUGAAGAAAAUGAGCUUUUGCAUGUGUUGAGCAUAUCUGAUUCCUCCGAAUCUCAGGUGUAUGAGUCUGAAUCGAUCCCGUUUAUGGAUUCUAAUCGAGCUUCACCAGUGUACUUCUCAUCGGACGAAAAUUUCAUACGAGUUACUUCACCACAGCCUGGAGUAGAAAGCGAUGGUAUGGUCGACUUGGUAUCCGUGAAGGAAAAAAACUCUGUAGAAUCUUCCGAUCACUCUGAAUAUGAGAUUGUUUCGGCGCAUGACUUACUAAAGUGCGAUGAGCAGGAACCACCGAAUACAUCGGAUAGUUUAACUGGCAGAAGAGGAAUCUCCAAAACGUUGUCGACAGUAGGCAGAGACGGUCCGAAGAAGGCAGAGCGUGAAGAAAUGCGAGAGAAAACUGUUGCUGUACCAUCUCCAAUGACAGUGCUGAAGGCCGGAAGUGGAUGUCGGGUAACGAAUCGAACAGGGACGGAGAACAUUCGUAGAAAAUUUUACACAAAUCUGAUAUCAUCGCGAGCACAUGAGAGACUGAAAUCCGGUGGGCAGUACAUGUUGCUUGCUUUGCCAGUAACCGGUAGACAAUAGAUGCCGAAGACUUUCGAGUUCCCAGGACCCGAUGGAGCUUCACCUCCUCAAGAAAGCGGUUAUGUUACUCCACCUAAUCAAAUGAUCAUUCAAAGUCAGGACUGCAGGGCACCUGAUCGAACAUUGUACCACACCCCGCGAAGAGAAAAGCGACGUCGGAUUUGGUGGCUUCGGUCAUUCACCAGCACACCGAAUUCAAAAUUUCGCCGAAGUCCAGAACGUAUGGAAUUAAAUAAUUUUUGUAAUGCAGAUAUUCCCUUCCCUUGCAUCGUGGUGAGAGUAAGUUCAUGUGUACUGCCCUAUGCGGAUUAUAUGCUGAAUAAGGACUACAAUAACUGCGGUCUUUGGAUGAGACCGCUGUCAUUUAAAGAACGAAAACUUACUGUGGUGUGCUUUUGA